GGAACUCGCUGAAAUCAUCGCCUCGCAUCGACACUCCGCGCCCACCUCGUACAUCUCAUCUUGGGCUCUGCUGUCACUCUCGCUACGUUCAUUGGCAAUCACAGCCAGGGUCGAUAUUGCCCAAUUCCGAGAGACGAGCAGGUUGCGUGCGAUAGAGCAUGGUCUACGGCCGAGGGCAAGCAUGGCGGACCGCCUGGAAACAAUCGCAACAGCGCGCAUACACCACGGCACGGGCACCAUGUAGGGCCUGUCAGAUACAGCGGUCCGCACAGGUCUCGGCAUUGUCAGCGCAGAGCAGGAUCCCAUACACUUCGCUACGAUCAUCCCUCACAGCCUCCCGCGAUUUCUCGACAACGCCUGCGAGACGGAAAGAGAAGCCUCCAUCGGACAACGACGCGAAGGAUGAGGGCAAGACAGAUGUCACUGAGGCAGACGAGAAGGAGGCAAAGAGCAAUUCGGAGCCUACGCCAUCGCCCAUUCCGCUUGAUGGUAAAGGAUCGAGCGCUGGGACCGGCGGUGGUGGCGAGUCUGGAUCGGGAAGCGGUGACGGCGGAAAUCGCAAGCGAAAGGGCCAGGGCAAAGAACUUGUGAAGACUGCAGCACCAGAAGUCUACCCGCAAGUGUUGGCGAUACCCAUUGCACAACGGCCGUUGUUCCCGGGCUUCUACAAAGCCAUCACCAUCAGAGACCCCAAUGUCGUGGCUGCUGUGCAGGAACUGCUCAAGCGAGGGCAGAGCUAUGUGGGAGCUUUCUUGUUAAAGGACCAGGAAAGUAGUCAGGACGUGAUCAACGACCCGAGCGAAGUCUACGACGUGGGUACCUUUUGCCAGGUUACCGGCGCAUUCCCGGCUGGACAUGGCGAGGAGAAGGCACUGCAGGCUGUGCUCUAUCCACACAGGAGAAUUCGACUGAGCGAGCUCAUCAAGCCCAAUCGAGGUCCACCAGUUGCACCGGAGCCAGAAAAGGCGGCGCAAGCGACUUUGGAAGACGUGCCACAGUCGGAGCAGGGCGAACAGCCAGAGACGGACGAGAAGAAGAGCGGCGUGGUGGCGAGCUUUGAAGAGUCAUCUGCAGAAAAGAAGGACGACAAGGCGCUGUUCCAGCCCACCGACUUCCUGCGGUCAUGGCCAGUCAGCUUGGUGAAGGUCGACAACCUGGCAGACGAACCCUUCGACAAGCGUGCACCCACAAUACGAGCAUUGAUCUCGGAGAUCGUCAACACAUGCAAAGAGAUUGGCAGCGUCAACCACCUGUUCCGUGACCACGUUUCCGCAUUCGCAAUGUCACAGUCCGCCGCCAACAUCGCCGAGGAACCCGCCAAGCUCGCCGACUUUGCCGCAGCAGUGUCUGGGGGCGAGAUGGAGGAAGCACAGGCAGUAUUGGAGUCGCUGAACAUUGAGACACGACUAAGCAAGGCGCUCGAGGUGAUCAAGAAAGAGCACAUGAACGCGCAACUGAGCAGCAAGAUCACCAAAGAUGUGGAGAGCAAGAUCCAGAAACGUCAACGGGAAUACUGGCUCAUGGAGCAAAUGAAGGGCAUCAGGAGAGAACUAGGCCUGGAAAGUGAUGGCAAGGACAAGCUCGUGGAGAGAUUUAAGGAGAAGGCGAACAAACUGGCAAUGCCGGACCCGGUGAAGAAAGUGUUUGAUGAAGAAGUGGCCAAGCUCGCACAUCUCGAGCCUGCAGCAAGCGAGUUCAAUGUUACGAGGAAUUACUUGGACUGGCUCACCCAGAUUCCUUGGGGCCAGCGGAGCGCCGAGAACUUUGGUAUUCAGCAUGCCCAAGAGGUGCUCGAUGAGGAUCAUCACGGACUGAAAGACGUCAAGGAUCGCAUACUGGAAUUCAUUGCGGUUGGUAAAUUACGAGGCACCGUGGAGGGCAAGAUUCUGUGCAUGGUCGGGCCACCUGGAGUCGGAAAGACGAGUAUUGGCAAAUCGAUUGCCCGUGCGCUUAACAGACAGUACUACCGCUUCAGUGUCGGUGGUCUGACUGAUGUUGCGGAGAUCAAGGGUCAUCGAAGGACAUACGUUGGUGCGCUUCCUGGUCGCAUUAUUCAGGCCUUGAAGAAGUGCCAGACUGAAAAUCCUCUGAUCUUGAUUGACGAAGUCGACAAGAUUGGUCGUGGCCACCAAGGCGAUCCUUCGAGCGCUCUGCUCGAACUUCUCGAUCCAGAGCAAAAUAGCUCCUUCUUGGAUCACUACAUGGACGUGCCCGUCGAUUUGUCCAAGGUCCUGUUCGUCUGCACAGCAAACAUGACCGACACUAUUCCUCGUCCACUCCUCGACAGAAUGGAGAUGAUUGAGCUUUCGGGCUACGUUUCGGACGAGAAGAUGGCCAUCGCUGAGCGCUACCUUGCUCCACAAGCCAAAGAGCUCAGCGGACUGAAGGAAGUCGACGUCAACCUUGACAAGGAAGCUAUCCUCGAACUCAUCAACAAGUACUGCCGCGAAUCUGGAGUGCGAAACCUGAAGAAGCAGAUUGAGAAGGUGUACCGCAAGUCUGCACUCAAGAUCAUUCAAGACCUUGGCGAGGAAGUGCUCAGCGAGGACAAAGCAUUGACCGAGGAGGGCAAAGCAGCUGCUGAAGAAUCCAAGAAGGAUGAGACGGAUCCGAAGGAGACUCCGGAAAGCAUUGAGAAGGAAACCACUGAGCAGCCUCGCGUCGCUCUCAAGGUACCGGAAUCAGUCCACGUCACAAUUGGAAAGGACAACCUCAAGGACUACGUCGGCCCCCCAGUCUUCACCUCUGACCGGCUCUACGAUAGCACUCCACCUGGCGUGGCUAUGGGUCUUGCUUGGACGCAGAUGGGCGGAGCAGCGCUGUACGUCGAAUCUAUUCUGGAGAAUGCCCUCUCUUACAAUUCAAGACCUGGUCUUGAAAGGACGGGUAACCUCAAGCCUGUGAUGAAGGAGUCGACGCAAAUUGCAUACUCAUUCGCAAAAGGUCUCUUGGCUAAGCAGUUCCCGGAGAAUAAGUUCUUUGAAAAAGCUCGGAUACAUUUGCAUUGCCCAGAAGGUGCUGUGCAGAAAGAUGGACCCUCGGCUGGUAUUACGAUGGCGACAUCGCUGCUCUCACUUGCUUUGGACAAGCCUCUGGACCCAACGAUCGCUAUGACUGGUGAGCUGACAGUGACUGGUAAAGUAUUGCGCAUUGGUGGUUUGCGAGAGAAGACUGUCGCUGCACGACGUGCUGGGUCACGCAUGAUACUAUUCCCACGGGACAAUCUCAGUGAUUGGCUCGAGUUGCCUGAGAACAUCAAAGAAGGCAUCGAGGGCAAACCUGUGGACUGGUAUUCUGACGUGUACAAGCUCGUCUUCCCAGACGUUAACGUCGAUGCCGCCAACCAGCUCUGGAAGAAGCAGCUGGCCAAGCCACCGAAAGAGGAGAGGGAGAAGGAUGACGACUAGGAAUUGCAUCUGAAUAACCCUUGUGGGAAGCUAGAGUACAGUUAUCGCACUUCGCACGAAGCAAGACAGCAUACUUCGAUGCAGACUCGAUGACAUGGAAGCAUGAGCCGGCGCACUUUGAAUUCGGCAUAUCGAAUAGACGGACCUCAGAGGUCGGGCACUUUGCGAGAGAUGCCAAUAUGGCGCUGGCGAGCGGAUCGCAUUACUCCGCUCUUGUACAUAAUAUACAGUCCUUGCCAGCAGGGAAGCGCUGUGGCGCUGGAAGAGGUAGAAGCUGGGUAUAGAAGUGAGGCUAUACUAGUGAAAGAGAGACUAGACAGAGCACGACUGUACAACUACCAACAAGUUAUGGAUCUUCGUACUGGGUUGAUUGUUCAUGCGCAUCCAUCCUCUGUGGACUUGAGACGCAUGUCCUUGAAUAGCGAUGCUGGCGGUCGCUUGGAGAUGUACGUGGUACAAAAGCCCGGUCUAGGCCCUCCCGCUCUGGUGGCUGCGAGCACGACAUUGCACUUAAACAACGACCUCACUCGUACUUCCAUU